AUGUGUGAAGGAGACACUGCCCUUGUGGACAAUGGCUCUGGGCUAUGCAAGGCUGGUUUUGCCGGUGACGAUGCCCCCCGUGCCGUUUUCCCAUCCAUUGUGGGCCGCCCACGUCACCAGGGUGUGAUGGUGGGGAUGGGCCAGAAAGACAGCUACGUCGGGGACGAAGCCCAAAGCAAGAGGGGGAUCCUGACUCUCAAGUACCCCAUUGAGCACGGCAUUAUCACCAACUGGGAUGAUAUGGAAAAGAUUUGGCACCAUUCUUUCUACAAUGAACUGCGAGUGGCUCCUGAAGAACACCCCACACUUCUGACAGAGGCACCCCUGAACCCUAAGGCAAACCGAGAAAAGAUGACCCAGAUUAUGUUUGAAACCUUUAACGUCCCUGCCAUGUAUGUCGCAAUCCAAGCUGUGCUGUCCCUCUAUGCAUCUGGCCGCACCACCGGUAUUGUUCUGGACUCCGGUGAUGGCGUCACUCACAACGUGCCCAUUUACGAAGGUUACGCCCUGCCUCACGCAAUCAUGCGUCUUGACCUGGCUGGCCGCGACCUUACAGACUACCUCAUGAAGAUCCUGACAGAACGGGGCUACUCUUUUGUCACCACUGCUGAACGAGAAAUUGUGCGUGACAAGGAGAAGCUGUGCUACGUCGCUCUGGAUUUUGAGAAUGAGAUGGCAACAGCUGCUUCCUCCUCAUCCCUGGAAAAGAGCUAUGAGCUCCCUGAUGGACAAGUUAUCACCAUUGGCAAUGAGCGAUUCCGUUGCCCGGAAACUCUUUUCCAGCCUUCCUUUAUAGGCAUGGAAUCUGCUGGCAUUCAUGAGACAACCUACCAUUCCAUCAUGAAGUGCGACAUUGACAUCCGCAAAGACCUCUAUGCCAACAACGUCCUUUCUGGAGGCACCACCAUGUACCCUGGAAUCGCAGACAGAAUGCAAAAGGAAAUUACAGCCUUGGCUCCCAGCACAAUGAAGAUAAAGAUCAUUGCUCCUCCUGAGCGUAAACCUGUUUGGAUUGGUGGUUCCAUCCUGGCCUCUCUCUCCACCUUCCAGCAGAUGUGGAUCAGCAAACCAGAAUACGAUGAGGCUGGUCCUUCAAUUGUCCACCGGAAGUGCUUCUAGAGGCUAGAGCUAGAUUCUUCUAGAGCAUGGAGACUCCUUCCUCCUCCUCCUCCUUUUGCAUUUCUUUCUAACCCUUCAAUAAGCAUUAAAAACGUUUUUUCAAACUCUA